AAACCUCUCUACAUCUCACUAUCAACUCCUUUCUCAUUGAUUGAUACACUCUUUUCAAGGACUUUACACACGUCGUUUUAAAUCAAACCCAAAGAGAUUCCAGUGAUUCUGUUUCAUUUCCAAAAUCAGAAAAGACCCGAUUUUUAGGGUUCAUCAUUCUUCUGAAGUACCUGGGGUUUUAAUUGAUUCUGAGAAAGAUAGAAAAGAGCUCAAGAUGAUCUUGUUGAUGGUUUAUUCAAUACGCCGAGCUAUAUUGGCUUCAAUGGAUUCAUAGGCUGCAUUUAUGGGAUUUGAUAGAUUGUCAAUAAAGGAAAAUUUGUGGUUAUGGAUUCUCGAGGUGACAGUUCCAGGUUCGGGCAAUAUCCGACAAAGCCCUCUAGGAACAUGUCUUCAUCUUCAUCAGCUGCUUUCUUCUCAGCUAAUCAGUCUCCUUUCUUCUCUCCAAGAUCUCCCAAAAUCCCACAAGAACUAUCCGAAUCAACUCGCUCUGAUGCUCAAUGUGACAGCUUCGAUCCUCUUAGCUCCAGCUCUGGCUUUCAAGAACCCACCGAGCUCGGAUUUUUAGCCGCUCCUUCACAAACUCAGAACCCUGAGGCUGAUCGAAUCGCUUCGAGUAGUGUGAUCUCCUACACACCUUCUAGAUACGGAAGAGCGCAUGACUCGUCUUCGUAUACUCAGACAUCCUCGGUCUCUGUUUCUUACAAUAGGGUGAGAUGUUGUGAUGUGUUCCUAGGAUUGCACGGUCAGAAGCCUUCUCUGCUUAGGUUUGCUGAUUGGCUCAGAGCUGAACUGGAGUUUCAAGGGAUGAGUUGUUUCAUGUCGGAUAGAGGAAGGUGUAGGAGUUCCCGGAAACAGAGGAUAGUCGAGAGAGCCAUGGACGGUGCUUCCUUCGGGGUUAUAAUUCUGACUAGAAAGGCGUUCAAGAAUCCAUACACGAUCGAGGAGCUUCGGUUUUUCGCAAACAAGAAGAACCUGGUCCCGGUUUUCUUCGAUUUAUCUCCAGGGGACUGUCUUGUGAGAGAUAUAGUUGAAAAGAGAGGAGAUUUGUGGGAGAAACAUGGAGGUGAACUGUGGGAUUUGUAUGGAGGGAUUGAGAAAGAAUGGAAAGAAGCGGUUCACGGGUUAUCUCGAGUUGAUGAUUGGAAGCUUGAAGCUCAUGAAGGUAACUGGAGAGACUGUGUUUUCAGGGCUGUUACGUUGUUGGCAAUGAGGUUAGGUAGGAGAAGUAUAGUGGAACGGUUAACGAAGUGGCGGGAUAAAGCGGAGAAAGAGGAGUUUCCUUAUCCUCGGAAUGAGAGUUUUGUGGGGAGGAAGAAGGAAUUGUCUGAGUUAGAGUUCGUUUUGUUUGGAGAUGUUGCUGGAGAUUCAGAAAGGGAUUACUUUGAGUUAAAGGCAAGACCGACGAGAAGGAAGAAGAACGUGACGCUCGGGUGGAACAAAACCGGUUCAGCGGAAGAGAGAAGGAAGAAAGGGAAAGAGAAAGUUGUGUGGAAGGAGUCUGAGAAAGAGAUCGAGAUGCAGAGUACGAAUCAAGUGAAGUUAGGGAGGAACACGAGGAGGAAACGUUCUACGAAGAUUGUUUACGGUAAAGGCGUGGCUUGCGUCUCUGGUGAAUCAGGGAUUGGCAAAACCGAGCUGCUUCUUGAAUUUGCUUACAGGCAUCACCAGAGGUACAAGAUGGUUCUUUGGAUAGGUGGCGAGAGCCGUUACAUUAGACAGAACUAUCUGAAUCUUUAUCAGUAUUUGGAAGUAGACGUUGGGAUAGAGAAUUGCUCUGAUAAAACGAGGAUGAAGAGCUUCGAAGAGCAAGAAGACGCUGCGGUUUCAAGAAUCAGGAAAGAGCUGAUGAGGAACAUACCGUUCUUGGUCGUGAUCGAUAACUUGGAGAGCGAGAAAGACUGGUGGGAUUCGAAGCUUGUGAUGGAUCUUCUUCCUCGGUUUGGAGGCGGGACUCACAUUUUGAUAUCUACUCGUCUCUCCAGAGUAAUGAACAUGGAGCCGUUGAAACUCUCUUACCUCUCUGGUGCUGAAGCCAUGACACUGAUGCAGGGAAACGUCAAAGACUAUCCGGUUUCUGAAAUGGAUGCGUUGAGAGCGAUUGAAGAGAAACUUGGGAGGUUAACGUUGGGAUUAGCGGUCGUGGGAGCGAUAUUGUCAGAGCUUCCUAUAAACCCUAGCCGGCUUUUGGAUACAAUAAACAGAAUGCCAUUGAGAGAGAUGUCAUGUAGUGGCCGGGACGGGAACUUGUUGAGAAGAAGCGCGUUCUUGUUGCAGCUCUUUGAGGUUUGUUUUUCGAUCUUUGAUCACGCGGAUGGACCAAGAAGUUUGGCUACGAGAAUGGUUGUUGCGAGCGGGUGGUUAGCUCCGGCUCCGGUUCCGGCUUCUCUGUUAGCUUUGGCUGCUCAUAAACUCCCUGAAAAACACAGAGGUCCAAAACGGUUAUGGAGAAGACUGAGACGCGCUAUAACUUGCGGUUUUGCGUCUUCAAACUCCAAGAGAUCAGGAGCUGAAGCUGCUUCAAUGUUGCUUAGGUUCAACAUUGCUCGAACCAGCAGCGUUAAGCUAGGGUUUAUACAAAUCCACGAGGUCGUGAAACUCUAUGCGAGAAACCGAGUGCUGGUGAAUGAGAACGCGCCUGCAAUGGUUCAAGCGGUGAUAAACCGCGGCUCGACGGUUGAAACAGCUGAGCAGAUAUGGGCGGUUUGUUUCUUGCUGUUCGGUUUCAGCAACGAAGCUCCGACUCUUCAGCUGAAGAUAACAGAGCUGCUUAUUCUUGUGAAACAAGUAAUCUUGCCUCUAGCGAUUAGAACAUUCAUUACGUUUUCACGGUGCAGCGCUGCGGUGGAGUUACUAAGGGUCUGCACGAACGCUCUUGAAGCGGCUGACCAAACGCUGGUGACGCCGGUUGAGAAGUGGCUAGAUAAGUCGCUUUGCUGGAGACCGGUUCAGACAAGUGCACAGCUAAACCCUAUUCUAUGGGAAGAACUUGCUCUGGCUCGAGCCACCGUGCUAGAGACUCGAGCUAAGCUGAUGUUACGUGGCGGACAGUUUGGUUUGGCUGAUGAUCUGAUAAGAAAAGCGAUCUUCAUCAGAACUUCUAUCUCAGGAGAGGAUCAUCCUGGGACUGUGUCGGCUCGAGAGACAUUGAGUAAGUUAACGAGGCUCUUAUCUAAUGUUCAUCAGAUUCAUAACACUUCACCGUAAUAGAGAGGCUUUUAGAGCUAUCUUGUUGUAAAAGUUAAAAAAAGGUUAGAGUUUCUUGUUUUUUUUUUUGUUAUCAUUAUGUUAGCCAUAAGAGUUAGAUUUAUACAGAGGGUUUAGUAAUAA